AUUCGAUAUCAUUUAGACUCCCCCCCUUUUUAUACAUAUAAAUAUUUUAACCCUCCUUUAUGUUUUCAUUACCUCUCCAUCAAUGAUCAAUAAAAAUCAUUCUCAUUUUUUUUUUUAUUUUAUGACACUUUCUUCCCAACUUUAUACAUAGAUGACUAAUUCCUUCUUCACAGAUCCAUUUCAACAUCUUAAUCUUCAAAUCAAGCAAUGGUUUGCCCCUGGAUGGAUGGUGACUAUCUCGGUUCUUCAAGUUAUUGCCACAAUGGUUUUGGUCAGUCUUUUCUUUAUCACGAAAGACAUAUCUCUUGUAUCUUCCUGUAUUCUUUCUGUCGUCAAUUUGGGUUAUGCACAAUAUGAUUUGAUUUCCAUUGGAUUAUUGAUUGCUGGGCCUCUUUUCCAAUGUAUUCUGUGUCUUGAAGCUUUAUUCCAACGUCAAGCUGCAUGUCUUUAUGCUAUGCUCUUAUUUGAAGUAUGGCUUAUCAUUUAUACAGCUAUUCAAGCAUAUGUUCAUCCUCAAGUGAUUCAAGCAGCUGCUGAAUGUCAAUACAAGAACAACAAUAAUAUUGAAACCAGUCAAAAUGGUAUGAUGAUGAAUGAGCCGAUGAUCAGUUAUAGUGUGGUAGCAGUGACAUGUAUCAGUUUUCUUCUUCUUCUUAUCUUGGCGAUCUAUCAUCGACAGUCAUUUCAACAAUCCAUGGAUCCUGUGCAUGGUGCAUUGGCUGGUUUGUUAAAACUGGAUUUUUACCUGACAUUUGCCUAUUUGGUCCAAUUAUUACCUCUCCCUCUGAUCCAUACUGAUGUUGUUCCUGUGGCUGAACUGGUGAUUGUGUUUGGUACGGCCUGUUUGAUAUUUUUAUUGGCGUGGGGUUUAGUGCUGGUGACAUGGCAACCGCUUCCUUGGUGGCGUAUCUCCCUCCAUAUGGCUGGUCUUGGCUUGAUGUGUCUUGGCGCCAUCACUUAUCUCUGUUAUCGAUUGAUCGUCUUUGCUCUGGAUCCUCAUUUUGUCUUACGCUAUUGCUUGAUCUUCACCAGUCUAUUUCUGAUCAUCACCUUGUUAUUGACCAUGAGUGUCGUCACCACCUGUGCCGCUCGCCAAUGGCAAAUGCGACAUCAUCCGCCAUCAUCAUCAUCAGCAUCGUUACUGCAUCCCGACAAUCAGCACAACAAGAACGAGACGAAACAAUUGAAUCAUCAAGACGAUGAUGAUAGUAUUCAUAUGUUUUUGACCCCUCAACAAUCUAGGAUACCUAUCGAUUAGUAUAGCCAUUUUCUUUUUUUUUUUUAUUUAGAUGAACACAAUAGGAUUUAGC